AUGGCAUCCCGUUCAACUGUUUCAUGCGACGGUACAGCUGAGCCAAAUUGGGAUGAACUUCCAAGAGACAUCACAGCAAACAUUUUUCAGAGGCUUGAUACUAUUGAAAUUGUGACAACUGUACGUUAUGUUUGUCCUAUAUGGUGGAACAUGUGCAAGGAUCCUCUAAUAUGGCGCACUAUUAGAAUGACCAAUGUUGGUGAUUCUCCCUAUUAUGAUGAGCAGUUGCUGGAGAUUUGUUAUUAUGCUAUUAAACAAAGUUGUGGUCAUUUAGAAUACAUUAGCAUUGAGAAUUUUGCCACCGAUGAUCUCCUUGAAUACAUAGCUGAGAAGUAA